AUGCUUAGACGGUCUUGCCAGUUUGCCCUGCAAACUCGAAAGAGGUCCUCUUUGACGCUCCCUAAAACAGCUCCAAUCACCAGGAAAAGCCAAGACGAAAUUGAGAUUGCACAGGCACCAAAUAGAGUUGCCACAUGGUCGCCUAGCCAGUCAUCUAAAGACCAUAUCAUCAAAACCAAUGUUCGCUUCGUUGGCAGGGACCUCACAAAACAGCCUAACCCGCAAGCAGCAAUAGACUUGAUUGCCCAACAGCCUAUUAGAUACAUACACAACAACAUUGCGGUCUGCAGCGGAACAGACAUCUUCCAGGGCCACCCAAAGGUCUAUAUCAACCUCGACAAGGACAUGCCUGGAACUUGUGGUUACUGUGGAUUGCGCUAUGCCAGGGAGGAACUAAAGGAUAAGUUGUCCUAG